CAACGUAUGGGAGAAGGUAGUGACCAACAACAACAAUCAACAACAACAACAGAAGAAACUUCAGCAACACUUCGUUCACUUAAAAGCUUAAACCAAUUAAGCCAAAAUCUUCAAAAUUUAAUAAAUAGUUCUGACAAAUCUGGGCCAGAAUUACACAAUCGAAUUUCACAACUUCGAGCGUCUAUUGAACGUUUACGUACAAAUACAAAUUCAAUAGAAAAUAUAAAUCGAAGCGCAGAAGAUCAGUGGACUAAAAUUGAAGAUUUGCGUAGACAACUUGUUGAGAAAAAUGAAUUCUUUAAACGAUUUCGAGAAGAAAAAGCUGGAGAAGGAACAAGUGGAGCAGCAACAAGUAACCAGUAA